CCACCCUAUAGCUUAAGUUUUGCCAUCUACUACACACAUUUACUGUGUUGCAUUGACUUGUGCAUUUCAUGACACACAUGCACUAAAUAUUUUAAUAACAGUUUUCUUUUUACUGAAACAAGUGCAACACGAGUGUUUUAUGAAAUGUAAAAUACGAGAUUAUCAGUAAAAUUGAGGUGUUACCUGCUGUUUUGUAGUGUGGAACUUGGUAGAUUUGGAUCAUUUAAACAAUUUUAUUCUCUAUAAAUUCAGCUACAUUGUACGUGACAGGUUAUCAGACACCUAUCACUAUACAGGCUACAAAUUUGCAGGUUCAGAGCACCAGAGCAGUACAAUACAUACAUACAAUGAUACUGUAGACUAAAAAAGCCCUUUGUAGUUUAGAGUAUACACAGCAAAACCAGCUAAAAGUUUGUUAUAGUCACUUUAUAAGUUCCAUUAGUUACUUCUUUCACAGGAUAUUUAUCAGCUAGCUUGCAAACAUAAACAAAGACAUUUCUCGCUUGAGUUACGAGAACAAGCUGAGCCCUACUGAUGCAUGCGUCAAGGGUUUGCCAGUUACGUAGAUUAAAUUUCUUACAAGCGAUCCAAAUGAACAUUGUCAACAUUUCAUCGGGCAAUGUCUGAUGUUCAGCUGUUAUAUUCUGCUCUGUGUAACAGUAGUAUAUAAUAUACUGUUCUGGGUGCUAAUUGCUUGGAGGUUAAUACAUUUUCAGGUAUUUGUUGUGUAGUGUUAGGUAAGUAUACUGCAUAUGAUUGCAACAUGUCUUUGUGUAAGCAGGAGAGCUGUACUUAGGGCAUGCAGGUCGUGGUGAUCCGGGUAUGGACAGUGCGACUAUGCAUGUAAAUAGUAUGACAAUGAGUAAUAAUUGCUUGGAGGUUAAUACAUUUUCAGGAACGCUGUACUUAAGGCAUGCAGGUCGUGGUGAUCCGGGUAUGGACAGUGCGACUAUGCAUGUAAAUAGUAUAACAAUGAGUAAUAAUUGCUUGGAGGUUAAUACGUUUUCAGGAGAGCUGUACUUAAGGCAUGCAGGUUGUGGUGAUCUGGGUAUGGACAGUGCAACUAUGCAUGUGAAUACUAUGACCAUGAGUGCUAAUUGCUUGGAGGUUAAUACAUUUUCAGGAGAGCUGUACUUAAGGCAUGCAGGUCGUGGUGAUCCGGGUAUGGACAGUGCGACUAUGCAUGUAAAUAGUAUGACAAUGAGUAAUAAUUGCUUGGAGGUUAAUACAUUUUCAGGAGAGCUGUACUUAAGGCAUGCAGGUCGUGGUGAUCCGGGUAUGGACAGUGCGACUAUGCAUGUAAAUAGUAUGACAAUGAGUAAUAAUUGCUUGGAGGUUAAUACAUUUUCAGGAGAGCUGUACUUAAGGCAUGCAGGUCGUGGUGAUCCGGGUAUGGACAGUGCGACUAUGUAUGUGAAUAGUAUGACUAUGAGUAAUAGUUGCUUGGAGGUUAAUACGUUUUCAGGAGAGCUGUACUUAAGGCAUGCAGGUCGUGGUGAUCCGGGUAUGGACAGUGCGACUAUGCAUGUGAAUACUAUGACCAUGAGUGCUAAUUGCUUGGAGGUUAAUACAUUUUCAGGAGAGCUGUACUUAAGGCAUGCAGGUCGUGGUGAUCCGGAUAUGGACAGUGCGACUAUGCAUGUAAAUAGUAUGACAAUGAGUGCUAAUAGGUUUGACAUUAAUAGGUUUAUGGCUACCUGUUGUGUACCCCUCGCAGGUUGUGAAAUAUCUGGGAACAGUAUCCUUGGGAACAGUAUCCUUGGGAAUGAACAUGCUAUUGUAGAGCUAGUAGAGCUGGACUUAAGGCAUACAGGUUGUGGCGAUUUGGCUAUAGGCAGUAUGACUGCAAAUAUGGAUAAUAUGAUUAUGAGUGCUAAUAGGUUUGACGUUAAUGGGUCUACCUGUUGUGUAACCCUCACAGGUUGUGAAAUAUCUGGGAACAGUAUUCUUGGGAACGAACAAGCCUUUGCAGAUCUGUUAAGGCAUACAGGCAGUGGCAGUCUGGCUAUAGAUAGCAUGACUACAAAUAUGGAUAGUGUGGCUAUGAGUGUUAAUAGCUUGGAGGGUAAUACUUGCAGAAGCCCUGUUUGUGACAGACAAGAGUCGUCGAAUGAUUUGGUUUCACGGCCCUCUGAGGAUUUUAUUCGGGAACACUGGGUGAAUCUGAAGCUUUAUGUGUCACCUGUGCCCAUCGGAAAUAUUAUGUACCAUUUGAAGUACAUCUCUGGUUGUGACUGGAGAGAGAUACAAGAUCUUACAAGGUCGACAGCUAUUUUUCAUCUACUCUCUCUUAUUGUUCGGGGCCCACUGGACAUGUGUAUGGCCUUUGCCUGUAUUCUUACUUCUAAUUAUGCAGCAAGUUGUGGAAUUUUGAAGUCGAUAGGGAAAAGCAUAAUUGAGAGGAUUAUUAAUUGUAAACCGGAAAUGGCAGGUAUAGUGCAGUCGCUGGACUGUUUGAUUACUAGUCAGUGUGAAGGUAUGAUCUCUGCUUCAGCUCAACAAUUGGUAGAUGUAGAUGUAAUGGCUACUGAAGGCUGCUCUACAGGGCACACCGGUGGAUCGGGGUUUGUACAACCUUAUGGACUAUCGUAUGCCAUAAAAGAUGAUGAAGGUCGGCGUAGAGAAGUCGAAGAGUUUAAAGAAGUCUUGGCAGACCAACUUGUGUACAAGGAUAGAUUCAAAGUCUCAGGCUUUCCUAUAUCUGCACCGAUUAGCAAACGUGAUCUAAUCGUCUUUAUAAGAAAUGAUCUGAUAAUAUUUAUCAGUAUGUCAAAGAUGUUGCGUUACAACAUCAAAACUGGAGUGGAGGAGCUUGUUAAACUUCCAUUCAUACUAUACAAACUGUUCGAGUGUCAAGGGGUUUCCUAUGGAAUUGUUGAAGAUCACAGUGUGAAGAAAACAAGCAUUCAAGCAUACGAUGUCGAGGCCAAUACAUGGAAGUACAUUCGUGACUUUUCCGGGGCUUCAAAUUUGAGCAGGAUUACUGUCGAUGAACACUCUAUUUAUGGUAUGAUCACGUAUGGAGAUCAAAAUUGCCAGAAAGUUGUAGACAGGGUCACACAGACAGAAGGAUUUCAGAGGGGGUUUCAUGUGUCUGCUGCUGAUGAAAAUACAACUAACUGCAUCUCAUGUUACAAUCUUCCGUCAGGAACUUGGACCCCAUCCAUUCCAGUGGGUCACGGGCAUUGUGAUUUUACUGUAAUGGAGUCAGUUGCAUAUGUUGCAUAUGAGGAUGGCAGGAUCGAAGCUAUUUCGCUGUCGGAGUCAGGCAAGCCAUCAAAGCUACUACCAUCUUUGCCUGGCAGAUUACCUUGUAAGGUAUUCACGAAUCAUCAUCACCUUUUUGCCAUUGGCAAAAGCAGUUGUACCAUCUAUGUUUUCUAUGAGGCAUUAAAUCAAUCAGAGGCAAAAUGGAUGCCACUAGUCGACUUACCAGUUGAGUUACAAGGGCUGGAGACGUGCAUCAUCAACGAUUCUACACUCGCAAUUGCUGGCAUCGACAAUCACAGUGGAGCUGGUGCUGUCUGCAUGGUGAGCUGGGCAAUCCAUCCCUCUGACUAAUUGACAAAAUUGAAAUGGAUUAGAUAGGCAACAGUACACGCAUACGCUGCAUUACUCUUUUACUGUUGCUUUUGGUGUGGUGAACAAAUAUUAGAGUCUUGUAAACAA